AUGGCAUUGAAUGUCUUUCUUCUCCAUGUUAUUUUACUAAUUCUUAGCUCAGUAACAAUCAUUGAGGCUGAAAUGAUGUUCAGCAACGAUAACAGUUCAUCCCUUAACCGGAGUAGUUUCCCAGAAGGUUUUAUUUUUGGGACAGCAUCAUCUGCUUACCAGUAUGAAGGGGCAGCAAAUGACGGUGGCAGAGGACCAAGUAUAUGGGAUACUUUCACUCAUAAUUAUCCAGGUAAGAUAGAUGACAGAAGUAGCGGAGACGUAGCCAUCGAUGAAUACCAUCGUUAUAAGGAAGAUGUUGAGAUCAUGAAGAACAUAAACGUGGAUGCUUAUAGAUUCUCUAUCUCUUGGUCCAGAAUAUUGCCAAAGGGAAAACUUGGCGGAGGUGUGAACAACGAAGGAAUCAACUAUUACAACAACCUCAUCAAUGAACUCCUAGCCAAAGAUAUUCAACCCUUUGUGACAAUUUUUCAUUGGGACCUUCCUCAGGCAUUAGAAGAUGAAUAUGGUGGCUUUCUAAGCCAUAAAAUAGUGAAUGAUUUUAGGGACUAUGCAGAGCUAUGCUUUAAGGAAUUUGGAGACAGGAUAAAGCAUUGGAUUACAUUGAAUGAGCCAUGGACCUUCAGCCAACAUGGCUAUGCUGAAGGGAAGAAAGCACCUGGACGAUGUUCACCAUGGCAAAACCUAAAUUGCAUUGGUGGUGAUUCUGCCACUGAACCCUAUCUAGUGGCUCACAAUCAGUUACUUGCUCAUGCAGCUGCUGUCAAUGUCUACAAGACUAAGUAUCAGCCAUCUCAAAAGGGUUGGAUAGGGAUAUCACUACUGUGCCACUGGAUGGUGCCAUUCUAUGAUACAGAAUCGGAUCAUCGUGCUGCACAAAGAGCCCUUGAUUUCAUGUUUGGAUGGUUUAUGGAGCCAUUGACAAUAGGAGAUUACCCAAGUUCAAUGCGGUCUCUGGUGGGGAGCAGACUACCAAAGUUCUCUACAUAUCAAGGCAGGCUUGUAAAAGGGUCCUUUGAUUUUAUUGGAUUAAAUCACUACACUUCCUAUUAUGCUACCAAUGCACCUGAAUUAAGUCAAACCAGGCCUAGCUACCUUACGGAUUCUCUUGUUAUUCUCACACAGGAGCGUAACGGGAUACCUAUUGGUCCAAAGGCUGCUUCAAAAUGGUUGUAUGUUUAUCCAAAAGGAAUUCGGGAAAUGCUGCUCUAUACAAAAACAAAGUACAACAACCCUUUGAUUUACAUCACUGAAAAUGGAAUGGAUGAGUUCAAUGAUUCAACACUCUCGCUUGAGGAAGCCCUUGCAGAUACACACAGGAUUGAUUACUAUUAUGAUCAUCUCUAUUAUCUUCAAAUUGCAAUCAAGGAUGGCGUGAAUUUGAAAGGAUAUUUUGCAUGGUCAUUGAUUGAUAACUUCGAAUGGAGUUCAGGCUACACUGUGAGAUUUGGAAUUAUCUUUGUAGAUUACAAAAAUGGCCUCACAAGACAUCCAAAACUAUCAGCCAUCUGGUUUAGGAAUUUCCUACAACACAAAAUAACUACAUAUGGUGAUUUGCGCUAA